GCUGCCCCUCACUCUGUCCCAGUGAUUUGAGAAACUCUUACUUGAAAUGCAUUUGAAACUAAAAGGAUACUGUGUCCUUCUCAUUUACACCAUCACAACAAUAACUUUACCUUCAGUCUAUCCCACUCAAACAAGCUCUCAUGUCGGGAACCGCGUUUUAACAGCACGAGGCCUGACUCAUCCCCGUAGACAACGUCUACAGCUCGGCCAAAGGCAGGCGGCAGAGCCGGGGGGAAACCUCCCAUACUUGGAAAACAGAGACAGGGCACGGAUUAAAACCUCUGCAGAGAAACCAGGACUCGGACCCAGAAUGGUGUCUACUGCAAAAAACUUCACAAACCGUGACAGACCGAAAGAAACCAGAGGGGAGCUUAUGUAUACCAACCCGAACCCUCCAAAUGAAGACUGCAGGGAAGGGAGAAUUAAGCCUGUCGUCCACGGAAAGUUUUAUAUCCCCGGUCAGCUUGAAGCAAACAUCCCUAAUGUGGGCUACCAGGCAGAUUCUGCUGUUCCAGGCCAGGAGAGGAUCAGAGGUCAGCAGGUCAGUGGCUCGGAGGAGAGCUGGCAGAGGCUGCAUCCUGUGGUCGAGUGUGGAGACGACGCCAUGACCCUCACGGUCAGGAGGAGACGAGCUGUACAGCUGCUGCUGAACCGGGUGAAUGAGUCAUCCGUGCCCCUGUCCCAGCUGCCACCUCACUGUGGCUACUCUGUUCAGACAACAUGGAGAGACCUCAGCCUCAUGGCUCAGUAUGAUGCCUGCCAUGUCACACAGGAGGAUGACAGCUAUGUGUUGCCUCUGCUGUGGAGGGGGACUCCAGUGAAGAUGUCCUGCCCGGCCUCUCUGGUCCAGCCUCAGGCCGUAAGUCCACCAUCCUCCCCUUCCCCGCCGUCCCUCUGCUGCUCCCCGUAUGGUAUGACCGUCACAGUACAGGGAUUGUCCACAGAGGAGCUGAAGAUAAACGUCAGAGGAGAAUGGACCCCCUUGGUGUUGCUGGCUGAACGGUGUGGUUACACUCUGGACAGACGAGAUGCAGAUAUUGUAAUCGCUGCUCCGUUCAUUGCGUGUGGCAUCACAGUAAAGGGUGGAAAACACACACUUUCUCUUCAAAUGGGAGAGGAGACCUUCACACUGGCCUGUCCUCUCUCUCCCACUGAAGAACUCCCACAAACCCAGCAGCCUUCGGUCAGCAGCACUCAUCUUCUAACCACGGGGUCAACACUAGAAUCUCUGGAGCCUUUUCCAUGGGCUCCACCUUUCUACCUAGCCCCACCUUACUAUCCCCACCCUACAUAUCACCACCAGUAUCCUAGUCCGGAUGGACACGAUGCAUAUAACCCCCCUUCUCCCUCAUCUUCAACUCCUGACCCUACAUCUGGUCCACAGCCUCUCCCUCCUCUUGAUUCCCAGCCAGACUACUCCCACCAGAUUCCCAUGAGGGAGUCUUACAAUCAUUUCAGCGUCCACAGUUCUCUGUCAUCAACAGAAGAUCUAGAGGAUUCAAGUUUGUAUUCAGACGUGCAACAAAAGCAGGAAACUCUUGUCUUGGGUCUCUCUGAGGAGACUACACGUUCUCCCUCCUCAGAUACAGGCUUUCCGAGUCAAAGUGAAGCACCUCCUCUCCAGCCUCCGAGCCAUGCCUUCAAUCAAUACUAUCACUACUACCAUCAUCCUAAAAUCCCCCAUCCUGACCCACCUCAAGACCCUGGUCCAGGUCUUGAGGUUCCGUCUUUAACUAAUCCACAUAACCCUGAACUUCUAGUGUUUCCCCCCAGCGUCCAACAGUCUGAAGCUCUCAGCAGAUUUAACUCAGACCGGUUCCUUCAGCCGGUGCCCGAGGCUGCCCCUCAUCCUUACACCCUUCCAACAAGUGCCCCAUAUACACCUAAUCCUUCACCAGCCUAUCCAUACCGCUACUUCUCUUACUUUCCGUAUUUUGCUAGGGGCGAGGCCAAAAGAUCAACUCGUCUGAAUCCCGACACGACGGCCAAAACAAAUUUCUUCAAUUAUCUAAACAGAAAGUCGAGCGCCGUUGUUCACCCGCUUCCUCAAACAUCAGAAGUUCAUGACGAACACAUCUUAAAUCCUUUCAUGGAUCAGCCAAACUCAGAUAAAAUUAACUUUCAGAAAAAUAGCCAAGAACCGAUUAAACAUCCACUUGUGUUGGAUGAUGAAGUAAAGGCAGAGCUGGAGCCUCCAGAUGAACAGUCCUCUUUCCCCACUCCAACACCCAACCAUAAUUUUCCUCCUUAUCCAUACUACUACUACUACCAACACCCUUAUAACUACUAUCAGAUGUAUUAUAGACCUGAGAGUUCACUCAGCACUGAUAAUCCUGUGUCUCCAACUUCAUCCAAAGGAGCUUUAGAUUCUCUGCUUCAAGCACCUUCCUCCCCACCACAGCAGCCGUCCUAUCACAAACCUCAAACCACUACUCCACCAACAACGUCAUCGAUGUAUGAUGUUCACCACGGCCCCCUACAUCCUUAUUACUACUAUUACCACCUCUACAACCAACCUAAAGUGCCGACAGACGACCAGGAAUCACAUCCCGCCGGCGGUACGAACUCUAAAUCUGAAUCUCAGCUUCCAACAGAGUCUGAUUACAGCGAGAUGGGUCGGCUGGUUCAGGCUGCUGAGUCAGGAUAUCUCAGCAUGCCUCAGUCAGAUGCCUUUCAUAGCCUUUACUCUCAUUAUCUCACUUGGCAACAUCCAUAUCCUGAUGGAAAGGAUGCAGACAAGAGGCUGGAUGAUGAAAUGGAAGAUCAGCUCAAGGCCAACCUUUACACUCCCUCUGCCUCGCCCUGUGGCCUCGGCCGUGUGUCAGACUUGGACUGCAGCUUGUCUUCGGGCUGCUGUUCGUACUCUCUGAAGGACUGCACAACGGGACAGUAUUUAAUGUUUGUGGUGCCCGACUCUGUGACGGAGCCCACAUUGGCCCCCACUGCUCAACCCUCUGAGGUCAGUAAUGUGUCCUGCACACUGCAGAGGGUGACCUCUGACCCUGACAUCUAUACCGUCCCUCUGGAUGGCUGUGGAGUAAACAAACACGUGUUUGGUCAGACAGCGGUUCAUCUGUUGGAAGUCCAUGGCAUCUAUUCUCUUCAACAAGACCACAGUCCUGUGCAAGAGAACUCUCCAGUCAGGUUGAUGGUGGAGUGUAGUUCCUCCCCGGGUUCUCCAGGUGAAGUGAGGCUCUAUAUGAUGGAUCGACCUCCUCCACCUCCCGUUCAGUCUACACCAGCCACGGUCAGGGUGCAGCUGAGAAUUGCCACAGAUGAAUCCUUCACCAGCUUCCACCCUGAGGCUCACCUGCCUCUCAGCUUCAUGCGAGGCAGACCGGUUUACAUGGAGGUAAGCCUGCUGGACCCUCCGGAGCCUGACCUGGUGCUGCUGGUUCACUCCUGCCUGGCUUACACUCAAGCUCCAUAUAUCAGUCGGAUGCUCGUUUAUGAUGGCUGUCCCAGCCGGGGUGAUUCACAGCUACUUCCUACUCCACGCUCCGACAACGCCCACCACAUCCGGAGGAUCAUAAUCUCCACUUUCCUGUCUCUGCCCUCACAAAGUCCCGCCUACACGGCUAACAGAGGAUACUCUCACCUGGAGGACCCAGAGGUCUUCUUCUUGUGCUUGACGGAAGUGUGCUCUGCUGCAGACGGUGGCUGCACCGUGGGAUGCAUCGACAGUCCCAGCGGUGACGUGUGAUCAAUGUAAUAAAGACACUUUUACACGACUGCACUCUGCUUUGUUUUAUGGAAAUAAAAAAGGACACAACUCAUAGUGAAGAAGAGGGAAAAGCCCUCUGUGAAAUAUUUAUUUAAAAAAAACUUCAGAACAAUAUAGUGCAAGCAGUAAUUAGUACUACAGUGUACAGAGGAAAAAAGUGAUUAACAGCAUUCAGGUUUCUUUCUUUUUCUAAACAGGACGCUCAGAGAAGCUCUUGGCAGGAAUGAAAACGUUCUUAAUGUAAUGACCAAAAAACGUCUGUUCCCCCUCAAACCAGCGUUUACAGAAGCUAAACACUGAGGGGAAACCUGCAGGACGUUUCUGUCGCACUCGAGAAGGUGCUUGACUUUAUUAUUUGACCAGUCCUGCGUCCCUCAGCAUGACUACAAGAAAACAACUGGAAUGCAUGUCAUCUACAGUUUUAAAAUGAAAGCUUAUGAAAUGUCUAAAAGGAUCCCUUUUUGCGUUUAUACAUAAAGAUGACACACACUUGAAUAUUUUGCACUGGCUCAGAGUAUUUAACUCCAUUUCACAUGCUGCAACAGACCAAAACAAGAGCUACCGUCAUUAUGGUGCAACAUAUCUGCUCAAACCUGUAACAGUUUUUUUUUUUGGUGUUAUUUAAAGGAUGUGUUGUUCUCAUCCUCAGAUUACUUAUCGUGUUCCUGCAAUGAUGUACAGGCCUGUCAGACUAGGAAGCACACGCUGUCUAGCUGUGACAGUUUCUAGUCGGAUGAAUAAUGGCUAAUUAAAAGUGACAUCCAUUUCACCAGGAGGUGCUGCAUGAUUAUUUUAGAAGAAGACGAUAGACAAUAAAACACUGUCAGCUCUGAACAAAGUUUCCCUUCUUCGAAAUGGAUCAAAUUAUUAACAAUGUAACACUAGUUCAGUGCAAAAACUGGCACGAUCAGUAGUUCACACACAGAGGGAAAGAAAACCUGUAAACUUUUAUUCGUUGGUCGAGCCUCAGUUGCAGCGAUGGACUGAAGCCGCUUCUCAGUACACGUUGGAAUAGUACGCGGUCAUAUCCUGGUAGUUUCUCUUGAUCUGUUUCAGGAGGAUGGUGGCGCAAACCAGGGCAGUAAUC